ACGCGUGACGCGGCGAGUAUAGAUCUGGUCUAGAUAGAAAGCAUCAAAGCAUCCAAACCUUUAUCCCCGUUCGCUUAUCUCUAUGGCUCUAGAUAGUCUUCCUCGCUGCAAUAUAUACUUUUUUUAUACGGAUUAGUAUUUUAUAAUUUUAUAGACAGUUGAUUAGCGACAAAAAUGGAAGCUGGUGCGAGUAUAGGAGCUCGUACGACACGAUUUAUGAUGGAAGGUGUCGGUGCUCGAGUGAUUCGUGGGCCUGAAUGGAAAUGGGGAAAACAGGAUGGUGGAGAGGGUCAUGUUGGAACAGUAAGGAACUUUGAAUCACCAGAAGAAGUUGUUGUUGUAUGGGAUAAUGGGACAGCAGCUAAUUACAGAUGUUCUGGUGCAUUUGAUCUGCGCAUUUUGGAUUCAGCCCCAACAGGUGUUAAGCAUGAAGGAACAAUGUGUGACACUUGUCGACAGCAACCUAUUUUUGGAAUUAGAUGGAAGUGUGCAGAAUGCAAUAACUAUGAUUUAUGUUCUAUUUGUUAUCAUGGUGAUAAGCAUCAUUUGCGACAUAGAUUUUAUAGGAUUGCAACACCUGGCAGUGAGAGAGUUCUUUUAGAGCCAAGGAGGAAAAGCAAAAAGAUUGCAAUUCGAGGAAUAUUUCCUGGUGCAAGAGUUGUUAGAGGUGUUGAUUGGCAAUGGGAAGAUCAGGAUGGUGGUAAUGGGAGACGAGGCAAAGUAAAUGAAGUUCAAGAUUGGUCGGCUGCUAGUCCUCGCUCAGCAGCUUAUGUUAUUUGGGAUAAUGGGGCCAAAAAUUUAUAUAGAGUUGGUUUUGAGGGAAUGGCUGAUUUGAAAGUUGUAAAUGAUGCAAAAGGACAAGCUGUCUAUCGAGAUCAUUUACCACUUUUAGGAGAACAAGGACCAGGAAGAGCAGGACCUCAUGGUUUGCAAAUAGGAGACCAGGUUAACGUUGAUUUGGAAUACGAAAUUGUUGAUUCUCUUCAACAUGGUCACGGUGGAUGGACGGAUGGCAUGUUUGAAUGUCUUAGUACAACUGGUACAGUAGUUGGAAUUGACGAAGAUCAUGAUAUUGUGGUAUCCUAUCCAAGUGGAAACCGAUGGACAUUUAACCCAGCUGUUUUGACCAAAGUUCAAAUAUCGAUGCCCCUUAUAAAUGCAACGACCGAUAACCAGUCUUAUACCGUUGGCGAUUUAGUACAGAUUUGUAAUGAUUUAGAUAAAAUUAAGCUAUUACAACGGGGUCAUGGUGAAUGGGCCGAAGCAAUGGCACCGACUUUAGGUAAAAUUGGUAGAGUACAGCAAAUAUAUCACGACGGAGAUCUUAAAGUAGAAGUUUGCAGUACAUCUUGGACUUACAAUCCACUUGCUGUAACAAAAGUAGCAAGUAGUGACGGAACUGUCACCGGCAAUAGUAGCGGAGAGCGGCUGUCGGCACUUUUAAAGAAACUUUUUGAAACGCACGUAUCUGGUGACGUUAACGAGGAACUCGUAAAAACUGCUGCGAAUGGCGAUGCGACGAAAGUUGAAGAAUGCUUGAAGCGCCCGGAAGCCGACGUAAAUGGCAUUUUUGCUGGCUACACUGCUUUGCAAGCAGCAAGUCAGAAUGGUCACUUGGAGGUCAUUAAAAUUCUCUUGCGCUACAAGGCUGACGUAGAAAUCGAGGACAAGGAUGGUGAUAGAGCUGUCCAUCAUGCGGCAUUUGGCGAUGAGCCCGCCGCGAUGGUUUUGUUAGCGGGAGCUGGAGCGGAUUUGAAUGCGCGAAACAAAAGGCGUCAGACAGCUCUGCACACCGCUGUUACUAAAGGCCACGCCGGAGUUGUCCGUACGCUUCUGGAACUCGGCUGCCACCCUAGCCUGCAGGAUUCGGAAGGAGACACGCCACUACACGACGCCAUCUCGAAGAAGCGCGAAGACAUGUUGGCUCAGCUGCUGGAUCAUGGUGCUGACAUUACUCUCACCAACAACAAUGGCUUCAACGCUCUGCACCACGCGGCUCUCCGCGGAAAUCCAAGCGCCAUGCGGAUCCUGCUGUCGAAGCUGCCGCGGCCCUGGAUCGUCGACGAGAAGAAGGACGACGGCUACACGGCGCUGCACCUGGCCGCCCUCAACAACCACGUGGAGGUGGCCGAGCAGCUGGCGCGCGACGGCAAGGCCGACCUCGACCUCCAGAACGUCAAUCUGCAGACGGCCCUGCACCUCGCCGUCGAGCGCCAGCACACGCAGAUCGUCAGGCUGCUGGUGCGCGAGGGCGCCAACCUGAACGUGGCCGACAAGGACGGCGACACGCCGCUGCACGAGGCGCUGCGCCACCACACGCUGUCGCAGCUGCGCCAGCUGCAGGACGUGCAGGACGUGGGCCGGCUGCUGAUGGGCCUGGGCUCGCAGGGCCAGGACAAGAAGAGCAGCUCGUUCAUCGCCUGCUUCCUCGCGGCCCACGGCGCCGACCUCGAGCUCAAGAACAAGAAGGGCCAGACGCCUCUGGACCUCUGCCCCGACCCCAACCUCUGCAAGACCCUCACCACCUGUCACAAGAACAAAAACGAGCACGACAUCGAGAGCGCUGCACCCUCGACCAACAUCGACGAGUGCCUGGUCUGCUCGGACGCCAAGCGCGAGGUGCUGUUCGGGCCCUGCGGACACGUCAGCUGCUGCAACGCCUGCGCGCCCAGAGUCAAGAAGUGCCUGCUCUGCCGCGAGAACGUCGCCAGCCGCAUCAAGAUCGAGGAGUGCGUGGUGUGCUCGGACCGCAAGGCCUCGGUGCUGUUCCGGCCGUGCGGCCACAUGAGCUCGUGCGAGCUGUGCGCCAAGCUGAUGAAGAAGUGCGUGCAGUGCCGCGCGGCCAUCCUGCACAUGUACCCGCUGUCGAUGUGCUGCGGUGGCGGCGGCGACGUCACCUACGUCAAGGGCUGCAACUCCGCCGCAGCGGCGGCGCUGGCAGAGAUGAAGAACGUGGACGUGAGCGGCGAGGACGAGCAGCCGCUCUCGGCCAACGUCAACACGGCGCCGGCGAGCGCGUCGGACGCCGGCCCGGCGCUCGCUCCGACCGCGACCGCGCCGCAGCCGGCCGCGCCGACGGGCACGCUCAUGAACAACGGCAGCCGCGACACCUCCCACACCGACAUCCAGAAGCUGCAGCAGCAGCUGCAGGACAUCAAGGAGCAGACCAUGUGCCCGGUGUGCCUGGACCGCCUCAAGAACAUGAUCUUCCUCUGCGGACACGGCACCUGCCAAAUGUGCGGCGACCAGAUGUCCGAGUGCCCGAUCUGCCGCAAGGCCGUGGACAAGCGCAUUCUGCUCUACUGAGCGGUCCGGCUGGCGUCGCUGGCGCUGCCCGGCCGACCCGAGCGACCCGAGCGACCCGAGCGACCCGAGCGACCCAAGCGAUCCGGAGAGAGAGCCGCAGAAGACUGUUACCGACCUCGGAGCCCGCGUCUCCUGCUUCCAAUCCCCUCGCUUCUUCGACGGCCGGACCAGCUGCGUGCGACAACUUUCCCGAGCCGAAACCACAGUUCUUCCCCUUUGUUGCCACAUUUCUUCGAUUCGCUCUCGGAUAAAGCUGUUUGUUUCUUGUUCUUCUUGUUCGUCGACUAUGAAUGUUGCAACUCGCAAGUGCAAUAAUUUGGCGCCUGCUGGCACAUGUAUAUUUCAUUAUUUUCUUUUGUUUUUGUUCGUUCAACAAAUUAUACAUUGAUAAGUAUACUUUGAUACUUAGACGCUUAUAGUAGCAUAUUAGAAUACAUGACUUUUGGAACUGUCGAUUUUUUCGAAAAUCUAUUGUUUAUAUUUCAUACGUUUUUCCUUUUGGAAUUAGUGCGAUUUUCUCCUAUUUAGGUUGUUACUAAUCAACGUAUAUAAUAAUAAUACCUUAUGGUCGAAUUAUUUCAGCACCUACUGCUUUAUAAAAUGAUUAUAAACAGACCGGAAAAUACACUACUUGCAUUAUAGGUACGAUGACAUUUGUAUUCAAUAGAUCUCUUGAAUCCUAACUUCUAUUCCAAAUGACUGUAGAAAGAAGACAGUAUUUUAACCGCACAAACAUGCUUGAAUCGUUGUAAAGCAUAAAAUUAAAAAUAUUUCUUCUAUUUAUUCAAUGAAUAAUCUUAAUCUCAUCGAUCAACAUACGAGGACAGCACUGAUUAUACAGAUGCUAUUGGCAAAAUCAUAAAUAUGCAAGAUGAAGUAGCCAUUUUCAAUGACGACAAUUUGAUACAUGACUAGCAUUAUUCACGCGUGCGAUACGAGCGAUUUUAAUUAAACUACUGAUUUUUACAGUAGACUAUUUUAAUUAUACUUGAAACACUUCGGAAAAUUAAAUGUCUAUUAAUCAACUAAACUUUUAAUGAUUUUAUAAGCGGUGAUUCGUUAUUCCUAAUGAUUUUUAAAUUCAACAUUGAAUAAUGUUAUCUUAUCGUCGCAAACAUUCAUUAUUUUUAUUAAAUUUUUAUAAGAGCUGUAAGUUAGCAUAGUUAAUUACUGACAGAUUUUAAAAUGUAUCUAACAUUACUUUAGUAUAAUAGUGAUCACUUGUGAAUAUUAUAAUCAUUUCAUUCGGCUAUUAUUUAAUAAGAAAUAAUCAAAAGUCAUUCUUAAUUCAUUUGGCUGUUUUAGAUAGCAUUUAUUUGAUCUAUUUUUAACGUUGUAACUGAUGCUUCGUGCAAAUGCUGUUUUCGAUAUCGUUUGUUCUUAUUUAAUACAUUGAUUUUUGUAUAAUUUUAUGGUUGGGUAAAUUACAUUAAAUGUUAUUGUACAAAGUUAAGAAUAAGUUGAAAGAGGGCAAUAAAGUAU